AGCCAUUUGUUGAUUAUUAACGUUCAUUCAAUUCAAUUUUUCAUUUCCUCGGUUUUAUUUGUUUAAUUUUACCUUUGCCUUUUUAAUGCAACAUAACAAAUUAGCAAAAUGUAUAUCAAAUCCAUAGUGAUAGACGGGUUCAAAUCAUACGGACAGAGAACUGAAAUAACAGGAUUUGAUCCAUUGUUUAACGCUAUCACUGGACUAAAUGGAACCGGAAAAUCAAACAUUUUGGACUCAAUUUGCUUCGUUUUGGGUAUCUCCAAUUUGACUCAUGUUAGAGCCAGUACAAUGCAAGACCUCAUCUUCAAAAGUGGCCAAGCCGGAAUAAACAAGGCCACCGUUUCAAUCACUUUCGAUAAUAGGAAUCCGGCACAGUGCCCUUCUGGAUUUGAACAGACCCAUGAAAUUACCAUCACCCGACAAAUUGCUUUGGGUGGCAAGAACAAAUACAUGAUCAACGGUAUUAAUGUGACCGGCAAGAAAAUUCAAGAUUUGUUUUGCUCAGUACAAUUGAACGUGAACAAUCCGCAUUUUCUUAUCAUGCAGGGGCGGAUCACUAAGGUGUUGGGUAUGAAAGCACCAGAGAUAAUGUCUAUGGUAGAAGAAGCGGCUGGCACAAAAAUGUAUGAAACCAAGAGACAGCUCACGCAAAAAGUUAUAGAAAAAAAAGACUCAAAACUCGCAGAAUUUCAAGCUGUGAUAAAUGAAGAGCUUUCUCCAAAACUAGAAAAGCUCAAAGCUGACAGGGAGCAAUAUCUUGAAUAUCAACGAAUUGAACGCGAACUGGAGCAUUUACUGGGCGUUUUUCAAGUGUGGCAGUUUUACGAAGCCGAACGAAAUUAUGCAAUAGCGGAUGAGGCUUUAAAAAAGGGACAACAAAAAAUAACAAAUAUUGACACACAAAUCAAGGAAAACGUUAAAAAAGCUAAAACUCUAGAUGCUGAAGUUGAAAAUAUUGCAGCUGAUACUGAAUCUGAAAUAUAUAAAGAGUUGAAAAAUCUUGAAGAACAGCUAAAAGUAAAAGAAAAACAGGAAGCUAAAGUUAAUGCUUCUGUGAAGGCAAUAAAAGACAAUAUUUCCACUGAAGUGAAAAAGCAGAAACAAUUGGAGAAAACUGUUGCCAAUGAUGAGAAAACUUUAAACGCAAAAGAAAAUGAACUGAGCAAAGUUCAAUCCUUAUUUGAAACACUUAAAGAAAAUGACAGAUUGGAUACUGAAGCUUAUGAACUGUCUGAGAAAAAAUUUGAAGCUGUAUGCGCUGGCAUGGAAGUAAAUGAUCAAGGUGAAGCGGAAACCUUGGCCGAGCAAUUGAUGAAUGCCAAAGAAGAAGCCUCAAAGGCAAGUACAGAAAGCAAGCAAGCCUCUAUGCAGCUGACAUUCUGUGAGAAUCAGCUCAAGGCGAAACAAAAGGAUGCAAGUACUAAUUCUGGCGAUUAUGAGAAGGACCAGGUCAAUUUGAAAAAAACUGAAAAGGAAGUGGCCCAAUUAGAGAAUUCAAUGAAACGCAUCAACUUUUCUGAAGAAAGAAUGACUGAAUUGCAAACAAGGCGAAGAGCUGUAAAUCACGAAAUUAGAAAUUUGACUGAUCAAGUGGAAAGAUUUCAAGCUAGUAGACCGUAUACGUCGUUUCAAUAUAGAGACCCAGAACCGAACUUUAAUAAAGCUAGUGUGAAAGGUGUUGUAUGUAAAUUAUUCACUCUCAAGGAUAAUAUUUAUGCUACUGCUUUGGAAACUGCUGCUGGAGGAAAGCUAUAUAAUGUUGUUGUUGAUACUGAUGUGACGAGUAAAAAGUUACUACAAAGAGGUGAUCUACAAAACAGAACAACAUUCAUUCCUCUCAACAAAAUAGCUGCUCGAAGAAUGGACCAGCAAACUAUAAAUUACGCCCAAAGCUUGGUAGGAAAAGAAAAUUGCCAACCAGCAAUAGCCCUUAUAAAUUAUGACAGUAAAGUGCAAACUGCCAUGGAAUUUAUAUUUGGGGACGUUUUCAUCUGCAAAGACAUUGAUGUAGCAAGGAAAAUAACAUUCAAUGAUAGAAUUAGAAAGCGGUGCAUCACUUUAGAUGGAGAUUCAACUGAUCCAUAUGGUACCCUUAGUGGUGGUGCCAAACAAAAAGGCGAUUCUAUAUUAACACUCAUUGGACAGAUUCAAGUAUCUGAAGCACUACUACAACAAAAAGAACAAGAGUUGUCACAAAUAGACAGAGAAAUGGGACCUAUGAAUGGAGCCCAAGAGCAAUACAAUGCCAUCAAAUAUAAAUUAGAUAUGGCCCACCACGAGCUUAAUCUUAUUAAGCAACGCUUGAUGAAUACAACUUUUGCUAGGCAACAAGAAGAAGUGGAAGGCUUGAAAACACAAAUUGGCGAACUGAGAGCAAAAGUGAAAUCCUGUUUGGAAAUUGAAAAUAAAUGCUCGGCCAAAGCUAAAGAUUUGGAAGUAAAGAUGAAAGACACAUCAGGAUACAAAGAGAAACGCUUAAAAGAAGCAGAAGCGGACAUGAAAAAGGCCAAAGCCAAAGCGGAUAAAAGUAAAAAGGAGUGGCGUCAGAGAGAACAAGACUAUGAAACAUUGACUUUGGAAAUUCAAGAGUUGAAAAAAGGCAUAGCAACUGUCAAGGAGCAAAUUGCAGCGACACAGGAAAAUAUCAGGAAGUUACAUGAAGAAUGUGAAGGCGCCUCUGUAGGAUCUAAUGAAGCUAAGGAAGCAGUUUCAGAAAUUCAGGAACAAGUUAAAAUCAUAAAAUCGCAGAUGGCAGAAAAGAAUAAGGAAAGGCAGGGAAAAAUUAAGAAAAAAGAGCAGCUGCUGUCACAAAAUAAUGAAUUACAAUUGGAAAUUAAAAAACUUACUCACGAGCUCAAAGAUUUGAGUAUGACUUGUAAAAGUUUGAAGCAUAAGGAACAAGAGUAUGAGAAAAAAAUGAGUAAAAACAACAUUUACCUAGAAAAAGGAAAAGCUUUGUCUAGAGAGGAAGGUUUAGGCAUGGAGAGAAAAAUUAAAACUAACCAAGAAAGGAAAAAUAAAUUGGGCCGAACAAUUAACACUCAGGCACAGAGUAUGUUUGAGGUUGAAGAAAAAAAGUUUGAUGAAAUGAUGAGAAAACAAAAAAUAGUACAAGCUGAUAGAAGAAGGCUACUCAAAUCAAUGGCCGAAUUGGACAAGAAAAAAGAAAAUGCCCUAAAAAUCGCCUAUGAGCAAGUGUCUAAAGAUUUUGGUUCCAUUUUCAAUACGCUUUUACCAGGAGCCAAUGCCAAAUUGAUACCUUUACAAACAAAAAAUACUCUAAGCGGACUUGAGAUUAAAGUCUCCCUGGGAAAUGUAUGGAAAGAGAGUUUAACAGAGUUGAGUGGCGGCCAAAGAUCUCUGGCAGCCUUGUCUUUGAUUUUAGCCAUGUUACUCUUUAAACCAGCCCCUUUAUAUAUUUUGGACGAAGUCGAUGCUGCGCUGGAUUUGUCCCAUACUCAAAACAUUGGCAAUAUGCUUAAAUCUCAUUUCAAAAAAUCACAGUUUAUUGUGGUUUCACUUAAAGAUGGAAUGUUUAAUAAUGCAAAUGUGCUGUUUAGGACCAAGUUUGUUGAUGGUGUUUCGGCUGUCCAAAGAACCGAAAAUAAUAGAAGAUAAGUUAGUUAAUUCAUUAAUUUUAGAUAAUGAUCUAUUGGGAUCGUAAAUUAUUAUCAUAUGGUACUCAUAUUUUUGCCUAUUGUUAUGGCUAGUUCUUAAGGACAGCGUACAAAUUCUGAAGAAAUAAGUUUUAUUUGUUUAUUGCAAAUAAUGCUUUUAAAAUUAAAAGCUUAGUAAUAUUUGGGGUCAUAUUUCGUGAUGCAUUCUAUAAUGGAAUACUAAUUUGAAGCAAAUGGUUGUUACACAAUGUGUUAUUCAACGUAUUCUUAAUUCCUAUGUGGAUUUUCAUAAAAGAAGAAUGGAAUAUAAUAAUUAUAAUUUGUGACUGUUUUGAUUUUAUAUUUGGGGUGACCCUUGUACAUAAUAUGUUUUAAAAAAAUAGGUAUUACUGUCAAUUUUUGUACUGUUUACUAUUUUUAUAAAAGUUAAUAUUAUAUUUCAGAAGGUAAUUUUCAUAAUAAACUUUUAGUUUCAACUGAA